UCGAACCAUUUACGAAAUCUUGGUUUUUCAUCUAGCUAGCUAGCUCGAUUGAUAUACUUUUACCGUGUUUGGAUUUUGGAAGGAUCCCCGUGCCAACUACCCCCGGCCACCUCCCCCGGUGGGUGCAUGUAUAAAAUGUAUGGCUCUAGUUUCUUCCGUAACAAUGCACCAUACCGACACCAUUCAAUGCCCCAUUUAUCAGCGAGCUGGGGUUUUUUUUCCUUCUUUCUUUCUCGUCACUGUCCCAAUUAAAGACCAAAUGGACGAACAUCAAUCGUUUCUUCCAUUCUUCCAUGGAUUGAAUCUCAAGGGUGAAUCCGUACUUCGUAGUGACGAUCGAGCAACGAGAGCAUUCAAACCUCAGUCCAAACCACCCAAAAUCAUGAGUCAAAUUUCCCUCAAUCACCCUCACUUCAAUUUACCCGAAUUGAGUAAAACUGUAAAAAAAAAACAAAAAAAAAACAACCAAACCAGUGAAUUCUACUCCCUCCGCUACCUACCUCCUCCUAGUUGUUUGCAUGGUUUGGCCAAUAAUAUCCAUCCACCAUUAUAAAGCCAUCAAUUUCCCCAGUCUUUUCUUUCAACCAUAAACGAACAACCGUACUACUGUCUACUCAAACCAAACCAACCCCCAAAGACAUUCACUUCACCACAAAAUGGGCGACGUCGCCGCCGCCGCUGGGCCGGAGCUUCGAGUCGUCAUGGUACCUUCCCCCGGCCACGGCCACCUCAUCCCAUUCGUCGAGUUAGCCAAACGCCUCCUCCACCGCCACAGCUUCUCCGUCACCAUCAUGGUCCCCGACAACGGCACCGGCAUGAAACCCCAGCGCGACCUCCUCCAGUCCCUUCCCGCCACAAUCUCCCCUCACUUCCUCCCGCCGGUCAGCCUCUCCGAUGUCCCCGCCGACGCCAACGUCAUCACCCGCGUCACCCUCACCAUGAUCCGCUCCCUCCCUGCCAUCCGCACAUCCUUGAAGACCCUGCUAACUCCGUCGGCCGCCGGCGGUGGCCGGGUGGUGGCCGUCGUCGUCGAUUUCCUCAGCGCCCACGCCCUCCACGUGGCGGCGGAACUCGGCGUACCUCCUUACGUUUUCUACACGUGUGGCGCGUUCCACCUCACCCUGGGGCUGAAAGCCCCGGAGCUCGAGGAGACCUGCCCGGGCGAGCUCAGAGACCUGCCCGAGCCUCUGGAGCUGCCCGGUUGCAUCCCGCUCAGUGGACGGGACCUGCCCGAACCUUUUCUCGACAAGAAGAACGAUGCUUAUAAGUGGAUGGUCGAGGUCCACAAGGAGAUCGCGACCAACGCCGUUGGAAUUAUGGUCAACGGGUUUGUUGACUUGGAGAGUGGAAUUUUCAAAGCUCUGGCCGAGGAGCGUGGUCGGACCGGAUCCGGCCCAUUGAUCUAUCCCAUCGGCCCGGUACCACGGCUCGAGUCGGAUGACCCGACCGAGAUGGGGACCGUCUCGAUCGAGUGUCUCAAGUGGUUGGAUAAGCAGCCAGAGGAUUCCGUCCUGUUCAUCUCGUUCGGGAGCGGAGGGAAGCUCUCCAAGGUGCAACAAGACGAGAUAGCGUUCGGGCUAGAGAUGAGCGGGAAGAGGUUCAUCUGGGUGGUUAAACCGCCCGGGGAUUACAUGAUCGAGAAAUCGAUCGAGUCAUCGAACAAUCCUUCGAGUUACUUACCGGAUGGGUUUCUGGAGCGGACCAAAGGGGUCGGCUUGGUGAUUCCCGGGUGGGCUCCUCAGGUUCGGAUCCUGGGCCACGGUUCGACCGGUGGGUUCAUGAGCCACUGCGGGUGGAACUCGAGCCUGGAGAGCAUUGUGAACGGGGUGCCGAUCAUCGCGUGGCCGAACCACGCGGAGCAGCGGAUGAAUGCGGCGUUCUUGGCAGGGGAUGCGAAGAUUGCCCUGAGGAUGGAUACGAGCGAAAAGAAUGGAAUCGUGGGGAGAGAAGACAUUGCUGGAUUCGUUAAGGCUGUGUUGGAUGGGGAAGAAGGGAAGCUGCUUAGGAGCAAUGUGAAGGAGCUGAAGGCUGCUGCUGCGAAUGCCAUUGGAAGCGACGGGUCGUCCACCAAAUCGCUGGAUGAAGUGGCGAAGUUGUGGAUGAAGCAGAGUUAGAACAGAACAGAGUGAUUGAAAUUAUUCCCGGUUUGUGAUUUGAAUUAAUAAAUGUUGUUGAGCUUGAUUAAUUUGAGAUUGGUGGGUUUUGCAUGUUUUGUUUUGUGGGAUUAAUAGUUUGGGAUUUUGGUGAUUGGAUAAAUGAUGGAAUACUUUGGGAUUUGGUUAGAUUAAUGAUUGGAUUAAUAAGUGAGAUUAAUUAAU